AUGCGAGCCGCCUUCUCCCUUGGCCGGACAUGUCUGCGAUUCGGCAGCCAGCCUGUACGGCCACAGAUUCUUCGACACAUCCAAUACAGCAUACAUAGCGGACGAAGCACGAAAAACUUUUCGAUCCUACGGCAUAUACGGCAGACUUUUAAAGCGCCGCCAGCGCCUGUCAAGGGCGGCACCCUCCUCAUCGCAGCCCUCAGUCCCGCGGCAUUCGUCCAGAUUGCGGAAGAUGAAGAGAAUGGCAAUGGCUUGACACACGAAGAACACAUGCUCGAAAUAUCACGGCAGGAGUUGGCAGAGCACGUGCCAGAAAGAUUGAAGCAUUCCAAGAAGUUCAGGCGGAGUGUAUGGCGGUUUCUGGAUACAUACAUCGUCGAGCCCAUAGCGACGGGGAUCAGGUUUCUGCAUCUGGUGGUUAUAUUUGUGCCUGUCAUUGUGACUAUUCCGGUGAUCUGGUUCGGUGCGAGACAACAUGAAAGAGACGACGAAAGGAGCGGGACGCUGUGGUGGUAUGGCUUUUUGGUUGCAUCUAUGGAGAGGGCAGGUGCGGCCUUCAUCAAGCUUGGACAAUGGGCGGCGAGCAGGACGGAUAUUUUUCCUAAGGAGAUGUGCAUGAUCAUGUCCUCCUUGCACUCCAAUGCGCCGGCGCAUUCACUGAAGGUCACGAAAAGGACAAUCGAGCGAGCGUUUGGGAUGCCCUUUGAGGACAUCUUUGACGAGUUCCACGAGAAACCACUGGGUGUCGGCGCGAUUGCUCAAGUAUACAAAGCGAAGCUGAAGCCAGACCUGGCAGCCAGCGAGGGAGCGAAAGAAGAGCCUCUGAACUUCAGAGAGCGUGCACUGAAGACGGUAGAUCCUUUGCUGAAGAGCACACCUGAGAGAAUACCGUCAACCUAUGUGGCGAUCAAAGUCCUGCAUCCAAAGAUCGAACGGAUUGUACGACGAGAUCUGAAGAUCAUGGGCUUCUUCGCCGCUUUAAUCAACGUUGUGCCUACGAUGGAAUGGCUGUCAUUCCCUGACGAGGUCAAGCAGUUCGGCGAGAUGAUGAGAUUGCAGCUGGAUCUACGAAUCGAGGCCGCCAAUUUGACGCUGUUCAGGAAAAACUUCCGGAACAGAUCGACAGCGUGGUUCCCCUACCCGUACACGCAAUAUACCUCGCGCCAAGUGCUCGUUGAGGAGUUUGCUACUGGUAUCCCGCUGGAACACUUCCUUGAGAACGGCGGCGGCGUGUUCCAGAAAGAGAUCGCAGAUGAAGGUCUUGAUGCCUUCUUGCACAUGCUUCUCAUCGAUAACUUCAUUCACGCCGAUCUGCAUCCUGGGAAUAUCAUGGUUCGCUUCUACAAGCCUGCUACGAUCCGUUCUCGCGCUCAGCUGGACGAGUGGAAGAAAAAGGUCAUUGGAAACCCGAAGCCUGACGUCGUAGACUCUACCGAUGUCACCGAGGACGUUCUGUCGAGACUUCGUCCGCAUCGACACGAGAAGCCCGGAUGGGUGGACACGCUUUCUCAGAUUGACAAGGAAGGUUACCGCCCUCAAUUGAUCUUCAUCGACACAGGCUUGGUGACAGAACUGAACGAGACCAAUCGCACCAACUUUCUCGAUCUCUUCAAAGCGGUCGCCGAGUUUGACGGCUACAAAGCUGGUCAUUUGAUGGUCGAAAGGUGUAGACAACCCGAUGCCGUCAUCGACAAGGAGAUUUUUGCGUUACGCAUGCAGCACCUAGUUCUCGGUGUCAAGAGUCGGACGUUCGCGCUCGGCAACAUUAAGAUUGGUGAUAUCCUGAACGAGGUGCUGGACAUGGUGCGCUCGCAUCAUGUGAGGUUGGAAGGUGACUUUGUCAAUGUUGUGCUUUCCAUCUUGCUAUUGGAAGGCAUUGGCCGGAAUCUGGAUCCGGACCUCGAUUUGUUCUCUGGUGCACUACCGAUUCUACGACAGCUCGGCGCCCAGAACAGCAAAUCAAUGCUUCAGUCUGGUGAUCUAUCCAUGGUCAAGGUCUGGGCCGGUCUGGAAGCGAGGAAGUUCUUGCAGGCGAGUAUCGAGAGCGUGGAGAUGUGCGUCAAGUAUGAUCAGUUGUCGCCGAACAUUUGA